GCUCCCAAGUCAAACCGGAAGCUAAGCAGUGCAUAUGACUCUCGCAGGCUUAUAGCCUACCUCUCGGCUCUCUCCCUGCCGGUCUAGGAGCCGAGUCCGGAAGCUAAAGGCGCGGGGUCCUUUGGUUGGAACUUUAAAUGUCUUCAGAAGACAAAGAAGCUCAGGAAGAUGAGCUACUUGCUUUGGCAAGUAUUUAUGAUGAAGAUGGAUUCAAGAGAGCACAGUCUGUACAGGGAGGAGAAACUAGAAUUUUUGUGGACCUGCCACAAAACUUCACCAUAUUUGUGAGUGGCAACCUGACAGCGAAUCACCAGAACGGCAAGUUUGAAUGCACAGUUUGUUUUUUACCUCCGAUUGUGCUGAAUUUUGAAUUCCCAGCAGACUACCCAUCAACCUCCCCACCUGUGUUCACUCUCAGUAGCAAGUGGCUUUCCCAGGCACAGCUCUCUGCACUUUGUAAACACUUAGACAACUUAUGGGAAGAAACCAGAGGCUGUGUGGUCUUGUUUGCCUGGAUGCAGUUUCUCAAGGAAGAAACACUUGCAUAUUUGAACAUCACUUCCCCAUAUGAGCCAAAGAUAUGUGAACAAGGAAAAGAGCAAAAUAGGAAAAGCAAAGAGGAUGUUUUCUACAGUAUGGGAGGUGCAGCAGCAGCGCAGGAAGAAGCCCUUGAUGCAAGAGCUGUGCAGGAUGUUGAGUCUCUGUCUAGCCUGAUUAAGGAAAUUCUGGACUUUGAUCAGGCUGAAAGACAAAAGUGCUUCAACAGUAAAAUGUUCAUGUGUAACAUCUGCUUUUCUGAAAAGCUGGGAAGUGAAUGCAUGUACUUUAUGAGCUGCAGGCAUGUAUACUGCAAGGCUUGCUUAAAGGACUAUUUUGAAAUUCAAAUCAAAGAUGGUCAGGUCCACUCCCUGAAUUGUCCAGAACCAAAGUGUCCUUCUGUUGCUACUCCUGGGCAGGUAAAAGAGCUGGUGGAAGAGCAACUCUUUGCACGUUAUGACCGCCUGCUGCUUCAGUCAAGCUUGGAUUUGAUGGCAGAUGUGGUAUAUUGCCCACGCCCAUGUUGCCAAACACCUGUAAUGCAGGAACCAUGUUGCACUAUGGGCAUCUGUUCCAGGUGCAGAUAUGCUUUCUGUACACUGUGUAAGAUGACUUACCAUGGUGUCUCCCCAUGUAAAGUCACUGCAGAGAAGUUAACAGAUUUGCGCAAUGAGUACCUUGAAGCAGAUGAAGCCACAAAAAAGUUUUUAGAGCAACGCUAUGGGAAAAGGGUGAUUCAAAAGGCGCUGGAGGAGAUGGAGAGUAAAGAAUGGCUGGAAAAGAAUUCCAAACCAUGUCCGUACUGUGCAACUCUUAUAGAGAAGUUAGAUGGCUGUAACAAGAUGACAUGCACUGCUUGCAAGCAGUACUUCUGUUGGCUUUGUAUGGGUUCUCUGUCAAGGGCAAAUCCAUAUGGACACUUCCAUGAUCCAGCCUCUCCUUGUUUUAACCAGCUGUUUCUAGGUAUGGAAAAUGAUGACUUAGGGGCUGCGGUCUUCUGGGACUAGUCCUUACCCAGUUUCAAGAGUGAAAGAAAUUGAACAAAAGUGAAGCUGUGCCAUGCAUGCUCUGUUCAAGAUUGUUUUGAAAUACUGGCACACAAGAGUAUACAGAAGCACUACAAGAUGCUUAUAGGACUUCUUUUGUUUGUUGCCAUUAGAAGCCUUUAAACCAGGGGUGGGGAGCCUUUUUCUAGCUUGUGGUUGCCCACCUGCCAAUCACCUGAUGUUGUUAUCGCAUCAAAUGUGGUGCAGGAGGGUGUGUCUUAGGGGAAAUGGCCUCAUGGGCCAGGGAUAUCCCAUUCCUGCUUGUAAUUCAUGGAUCUCAGAUCCUUUCUUUUUAAUUUUCAAAUCCUCAAAACACUGAAAAAAACCAUUGUGCCCUCUAACUGUUUGGGUUACAGCUAGAGAAGACUGCUUCAGGUAGCAACAGUAAGGACAGAGUCCAAGAACAGGAUGGUUCCAGCAAGUGCAAUGUUUUGGUACCAAUGAGGACUUCAAAACAUGGAUAUACAGAAGUGGAGGAAUGAUGUGUUCAUUUUGUAUGUUGGACAUACAGGAUUAUGAAAACUUCUGACAUUUUUGUGUCCUGUGAAUGAUUUAUAAUUUUUGUUUUUUCUGAUUUUCCUCAUUCCCCUUACAGUCACACCCCCAGAAAGCUUCAAUCCAUCUCUCCUACUCUUACAGAAUAAAUACAACUUGAAUGUUUUGGAA